AUGGAGCUCGCCUCCUUGCUGCCCGAGGUGCUGCCCGUCAUGGCCAGCACUCUUGACGAAGCCCCAGAUGGGCUGGUGGCCCCCGAACUUUUGUCCAUGUAUGGCUCAAUCUUGACAGAUGAGGGACCGGAGUUGUGUCGGCCCUACUUGUUGCCGCUCUUUCCACACAUUCUCAACUACCUCGGCCGCGAUAGCGUCGGGACAAGCGUCUCUCUUCUCCUGUACCUCAGCUUGGGCGGCGUCCUUCUGCCCUCUUUACAGCAAGCACCGCCCCGAGCGCGCGUCGUGGCGGCAGCACUAGACAUGGAGAUUCCAUCUGCCCUAGAAGGUCGACCCUACUGGCGCCAUCUCGUGCCUGCCAUUGUUGACAACGAGCCGGGCCGACAGCUGCUGCUAAAACUUCUCUUGGUACUCCGCGCGGCGAUCAAUGGCGUGGAAUAUCAAGAGCGUCGCUGGGGCCCACUGCCCGGUGCCUCGGCCGUUCGUCAAGUGGCUUCAACGCAGCCCGAUCUCAUCCCACUGUUGAGCGAGCACGGUCUACCCGAGAUGUUGAUCACGGUGUUACAGCGGGGCGACUCGGACUGGGCCAUUGAUGCCCAGAGCUUCUCAAUGUUUUACUUUGCACGCGCCCGCCACGAAGCGGCUGUGGCGCUGAAACACUUUGUACAAGCCGGUAUUGAGUUGCAUACUGAGCGUCUCUUGGAUGCCUGCCUUGCUAACAUAGACCGCAACGACAGUGUCAGCACCACUGUUACGCUGGAGCUGUUGUUUUACAUCUCUCAGCGACUGAAGGAUGGCAAAGCACGGCAGGCCGAGUCAGCAGCGCAAUAAGAACGGAAAGCCGUUUGGUAGCCCCGGCGCUGCUCAUGCCAGCUUUUGUGGGCCGAGCCCACCCAAGGUAACCCAAUCAUGUGCUGAUUGGUUUCUCAAUGUCAAACUUGCCUGUGCAGAACCCUCUCCAUAUUCUUUGCUGUUGUUGUGAACUUAACGAUGUCAAUUUAGCCAAUGAGCAUC